AGGCAGGGGUUUAGUGAACAGGUCCGAGUCCAAACAGUUCAAGGGGAUAGGCAGGCUCGAGGUCAGAAGAGCCAGAGUGCCCAGGCAGGCGGAUUCGGCGUCAGGACAGGCAAGGGUUAAAAUGAGGAGGGCUAAGAAAACUGAGACUAGAAAUAGGAGCUAGGCGAAACGCUGGUUGACUUGGCAAAACAAGACAAACUGGCACAGAAAGACAGGAAACAGAGGGAUAAAUACACCAGGGACUAAUGGGGAAAACAGGAGACACCUGGAGGAGUUUCCUGUGUCCACACUGUCAGAGAUGGGAGAUAAUGGUCCAGUAGGAUCAAGGUGGAUUAGGAUGACUGUAUAAAGACCAUCGGGCUCCAUCAGACAGCAUCAUCAGACCUGCAGGUGCCCAGCUCUACCAGUUUCUUGAUUGUGUGACGGAACAUCUUCGCUGUUUGCCAAAUGGAAUUGUCCGUGGCCAUGUGUGGUCUCCUUUGCCUGCUCUUCAGCCAAGCUGUGCCCAUGUGUGUGCCCACGGACUACACUCUGUAUGAGGAGAGACGUGAAUGUGACUUCUGCGUGGCCAUCAAUACAACCAUUUGCAUGGGCUUCUGCUACUCAAGGGACAGUAACAUGAAGGAGCUGGCCGGACCACGUUUCCUUAUCCAGAGAGGCUGUACCUAUGACCAGGUGGAGUACCGAACAGUCAUACUACCUGGUUGCCCGCUCCAUGCCAACCCUCUCUUCACCUACCCCGUGGCCCUCAGCUGCCACUGUGGCACCUGCAACACAGACAGUGAUGAGUGUGCCCACAAGGCCAGCAGUGGAGACGGCGCCAGGUGUUCCAAGCCACUCAGACACAUCUACCCAUAGCCUGGCCUGAACAGCUACAUCCACCCCAACUGAUAACACUCUCCCUUCCCUGGAUAGUUUGACUGUAAUGACCAUAAUGACCAAUAAGGCAAGGAGAAUGGUCAGUUCAAAUCAAGUUUAUGGCCAGUAGCCUAAUCAUUAUGAUAACAGAACAGCAUUGUCGUACUCAUGUGUUUGUGGUGGAUACAGUAAGCUACAGGGUGGUGUAUCCUAUUCAUUGUGACAUGUAUUGUUGCUGUUGUGUUUGGUAUGUGAAUAUGCCUUUUUGUUUGCCACUUUGCUUGCAAUGGAGGCUGAUCCUGGUAUUUCUGUCUGCCUCAUGUCUUUCCUGUCCAUUGACUCACUGAGCUAUUUUGUUUACGGUGAACCAAUAUCAUGAAUGGGACGUUAUUAAAGCUGAAGUCUGUAAA